AUGCAAUGCUAUGCUAUGCUAUGCUAUGCAAUGCAAUGCGAUAUGAUGCUACUCGUAUGCCAUGUUGUGUGGUACACGUUAGGUUACAGUAGCGAUGGAAUGGAUGCGAGUAAGAAUUGCCCGAUCUUCCUCGGUGACGGUGACGGUGUCGGUGUCGGUGUCGGAGGAUACGAGGAGGGAGGUAUGGUAUGA